AUGUCGCACUUACGAAGAGAAGAAUAUGAAAUGACAAUAGUGGAGGCAAGUAAUUCUGCAAUUGACAAUGAGUUGGUUGUAAAUCCUCGGAAUCUCAUAAGGCAGGCCUCAGCUUGCUACGGACAAAAGAUCGAAGAGCUUAACGUGAUAGAAUCUGAGGAUGUUCACAUCGGUAUCAGUGUUAUCUCCGUAUCGCAGAAUGUCGAAAACAUUGAGCUUGCCAGAGGAUGUGCUUUGGGUGCUGAGCUGGUAACAAAUCAAAAAAGAAAAGGUGUUCGAUGUAGCAUAGCCGUAUUCCUGUGCUGGACUUUGGUGAUUACCGGUGUUCUUAUAUACUUCGUUUUCUACUUCGCCCUGGCCCCGAAACUUAGUCGUAUGGAUCUUGAUAUUGACGAGCCAUGGUACUUUAGACGCGAUCAGUGGUAUGCAAAUCCUGACCAGGGAUUUGAGUUACUGGAUCUUCCUGUUUCUUUGGUACUUAUAGGGCAUUCGGCGCUCGACUUUUGCACAAAAAUAGACGAAUGCAAACGUAAAGUGUUAGAUAUACAAGAGAUACAUCAGUUAGACAGUCACUUUUAUGAUAUAGGCCCCAACUUCCUUGUUGGUGGCAACGGAUAUGUAUUUGAAGGCAGGGGAGCGAAUAUCAUGGGCGCCAUGAUAACUUAUUUCAACCUUAAAAGCAUAAGUAUUAUGUUUCUCGGAAACUAUGUGUACGACAAACCAACAUUAGCGAUGUUUGAUAAUCUUAGUGUUCUUUUGCAAGAAUUGGUAAAUAAACGAGUGCUGACCACAGAUUAUAAAUUAUACGGCCAAUGUCAGGUGAUUGGCUUCGUUGUGCCGCCAGGGCCCAACGUCAUGGAUAACUUACACCAUUUUGAUCAUUGGGAUCCAACGAACAAAACUUUUUGUAUUCGCUCAUAA